AUGGCCUACUUGGAGUUCCUUCGAGGGUUAAGGUAUAAUGGUUUCAAUUUUGACUUGGUCAAGAAAAAGACUCGGACAUACGCAGGUCUUCUGCGGGAGGCCGAAUCAUAUAUAGAGGCAGCUGAUUUUUGUUCACUUACAAAAUCAGAAGAGCCGGCCAAGGGGGCCGAGAAGAAACAACCUUCUCGGCAAGACUCAGUCGGCAAAAAGAAGAAAGGAAGCAACAAAAGAAAAGAAGUCUGGGUGGUCGACUGCCAACAGACGAAAUCAAAGAAAGCCAAGACGUAUGAGCCCCAGCAUGAAUACAAGGAUUACUAUUCAAUCUUGAUGGAGAUCAAAGACAAUUUCGAGUUUGAGAAGCCUCAGCCCUUGAGAGGGCCGGCCCAGUACAUAAACAAGAACAAGUACUAUCAUUACCACAAAGACGUGGGGCAUGACACGAACGACUAUAACCAUUUAAAGAGAUUACUUGAUAAGUUGGCCGAGAAGGGCAUGCUCAACUCGUACGUUCUAAAGUCCAAGUUCACCUACUCUCAGACGGACAAUAAAUCCAAGAAGAAGAAAAAUAAUGAAAAAGAAGGUGAUGGAAACAACAUUGAUUCAAGAUUCAUGGACGUUAUAUUAGGCGGCAUUGCUACAGGCAACCAAACCAUGAAAGGAAUUAAGAAAGAUGCUUGGAAUUUUGAAAAGGUAAUGCACACUGAAGGGGUGAAGGUGGAGCCCUUUCCAGAGGUGACGGUCUGCAAGGCAGACCGAGGUCCGAUCAAAGCCCCUCACAAUGACCCCAUGGUGUUCAUCUUCAAAGUUGUCAAUUUGAAGGUCGGCCGAGUGUUGAUAGACACAGGCAGCUUGUUCGACACAAUCAGUUUAACUAGUUUAAAAAAUUUGAAGUUUCCAGAGCAUGCCCUCAAGGAUAUUUCCCACCCGUUAGUCGAGUUUGGUGGGAGCAUUAUUCACUCGGUUGGACGGAUAGACGUGCCCAUCUGA